CCUUUCUUCCCUUGUUCCGCUCGCAACCCCACGCGACCUUCCUUCCUCUCCGAUCAUUCCUUCCCAGUCACCGCCGCCGCCGCCGCCCUCCCCGUCGGUGUCCGCGGCUGGUCGGAGGACAGCAUGGCCCUCUCCGCCGGCGACGUGCCGACCAUGUACGCGGUCCUCGCCAACUCGCUCAGCGCCGACGAGGCGACGCGGCACCCCGCGGAGUCGGCCCUCGCGCAGUGCGAGCCCCGCCCCGGCUUCUGCUCCUGCCUCCUGGAGAUCAUCUCCGCCAGGGGCUCGUCCUGCCGCGAGGACGUGCGCCUGCUCGCCACGGUUUAUUUUAAGAACAGCAUCAACCGCUACUGGCGGACUCGCCGGGAUUCCUAUGGAAUUAGCAAUGAGGAGAAGGACCACCUUCGUAAAAAUCUCUUGUUAAACAUACGAGAGGAGAAUAACCAGAUUGCACUUCAGCUAGCUGUACUAAUCUCGAAGAUUGCACGUUUGGAUUACCCAAGAGAAUGGCGGGACCUUUUCUCUAUAUUGGCACAACAAUUGCAGUCAGCUGAUGUUCUUGCUUCACAUCGUGUGUUUAUGGUCUUGUUUCGAACUUUAAAGGAGCUGUCAAGUAAACGGCUUGCUGUUGAUCAGAGGAAUUAUGCCGAGAUUACUAGCCACUUGUUCGAGUAUACCUGGAACCUUUGGAAGAGCGACGUGCAGACUAUAUUGCAAAAUCUUUCUAUGCUCUCUCAGAGGAAUGACUUAGAUUCCAUUUUGGAGCAAUCAAACGAUCUAAUCUUGAUAUGCGACCGUUGGUUGCUUUGUUUAAAGAUCAUCCGACAACUAAUUUUUUCAGGUUAUGAAAGUGAUUCAACAACAGCGCAGGAAGUCUGGCAGGUCAGGGAAGUAUGUCCAACAGUUUUGAGUGCCAUUCAAUCUCUUCUUCCUUACUACUCGUCCUUUAAGGAUAAGCAAGCUAAACUAUGGGAAUUUGCAAAAAGGGCAUGCACUAAGUUGAUGAAAGUUCUUGUCACCUUACAAGGCAGACAUCCAUAUUCUUUCGUACACCAAACAGUGCUUCCUGCUACAGUUGGCUUCUGUUUGAAUAUAAUCACAAAUCCUGAACAGGCUGGCGCAUCCUUUGAGGAGUUUCUUAUACAAUGCAUGGUUUUGGUUAAAUCCGUAUCAGAGUGCAAAGAGUACAAACCAAGUGCCACAGGCCGCGUCAUCAAUGAAAGUACACAACCUUUAAGCCUAGAGCAGAAGAAAAAAAACUUUGCAGCAGUGGCUAGUGACAUGCUGAAGGUUGUUUUGCCUGGUGAUCGUGUUGUGUUGCUUUGCAACAUUUUAAUAAGGAGGUACUUUAUUUAUACAGCAAAAGAUCUGGAGGAAUGGUCAGAGAAUCCUGAAUCCUUUCACCAUGAGCAGAAUUUAGUCCAGUGGACUGAGAAACAACGGCCAUGCGCUGAAGCCCUCUUCAUUGUCAUCUUUGAGAACUAUCGAGAGCUACUAGCUCCAGUUGUCGUUUCUAUUCUUCGAGAAGCCAUGUCUGUUUCUCCACCACUCGAAACAGAUGUUACAUCUGGAAUGCUUCUAAAGGAUGCUGCUUAUACAGCUGCUGGGCAUGUGUAUUAUGAACUUUCAAAUUACCUCAGUUUUAAUGAAUGGUUCCAUGGAUCUCUAUCUAUAGAAAUUUCGAAUGGUCAUCCCAAUAUGCGCAUCAUUCGUCGAAAAGUUGCAUUGCUACUUGGGCAAUGGAUUUCUGAGAUCAAGGGUGACACACGGAAAUUGGUCUACCUUGCGUUGGUUCAGUUGCUGCAGGAUAAUGACAUAGCUGUCAGGCUAGCAGCAUGCUCUUCUCUGUGUUAUCUUUUCCAAGAAUCUAGCUUUUCAGAACUUGAUUUGUUUGAAUGUCUACCAACAUGUUGGACAAUGUGUUUCAAGUUGACAGAAGAUGUCCAAGAAUUUGAUUCUAAGGUGCAUGUGUUGAAUUUCAUCUCAGUUCUUCUUGAACAUGUCGGAGACAAGGUUAUUCCAUUUGCAAGUCAGUUAUCACAAUUUUUUCAGAAGAUCUGGGAUGAAUCUGCAGGUGAAAGCUUGCUACAGAUUCAACUGCUAACAGCACUUCGAACUUUUGUUUCUUCUCUUGGAUACCAGUCACCUCUUUCUUAUCACAUGCUUAUGCCUAUACUGCAAAGUGGUAUAAAUGUUGAUAGCCCUGAUGCUCUUAAUCUUCUCGAGGACAGUGUUCUGUUGUGGGAAGCAACCCUUUCGAAUGCCCCAUCUAUUGUACCUCAACUAAUGGAUUUGUUCCCUCAUCUUGUGGGCAUUGUGAAUAGAAGUUUCGACCAUCUGGAGGUCGCGAUCAACAUAGUUGAGGAUUACACAAUUUUUGGUGGAUCAGAAUUUUUGAAAAGCCACGGUACAAGUUUGGCGAAUGUUCUCGAUACUAUUGUUGGAAAUGUAAAUGACAAGGGACUUCGCACCACACUUCCAGUUAUUGAUCUUCUUAUUCAGCUCUUUCCUCAGGAAGCUCCACCUUUGAUAUCCAGCGCUCUUCAGAAACUUAUCUUCAUAUCUUUGAGUCGAGAUGAUGAGCAUAACCCUUCUAGGACAACUGUACGUGCAUCCUCUGGAGCAAUUCUCGCUAGGCUUUUGGUGAUGAAUACGAACUUUUCGGCACAGCUAUUAUCAGAGCCUGCCCUUUUGGCAAACAUUCAACAGUCAGGGAUAUCUCUAAAAGAUAAUCUGCUACUUUCUUUGGUUGACAUGUGGAUUGAUAAGGUGGACAAUGCAACUGCUAUACAGCAGAAGGAAUACGCAAUGGCUCUCUCUGUAGUUUUGACCUUGCAGAUACCUCAAGUCAUCGACAAACUUGAUGAUAUAUUAAGUGUUUGCACGACUGUUAUUAUUGGGGCCCGUGAAGUAAAGACUGAGGAUGAUUCUAGUGGCGAUAUUACAAGCUCUUCUUGGCUUGGCAAUGAUAAUUCAGGUUAUCUGAGCAAAUUCUUGAAAAAGCGACAAGCAAAGGAUUUAGAUCCCAUUAAACAAGCUUCGCUAGAGAACAUACUUAGAGAGAACUUGAACGCAUGUGCGGCCCACCACGGGGAUUCGACUUUCAAUGCUGCCAUCAGCAGGAUCCAUCCAUCAUCAUUUGCUCAGUUGCAGCUGGCCCUGAAUAGUGCAUGAGAUGUGCAUACCUCCUAACUGAUUCUUUGAUGUUCUCUUGAAUACAUUGAAGAACAUCUGGCGCAUCACGCGCCACCAUUGCUUGGAGCGCAUGGUGAUCCCCACGCACCAUGUGCUGCCAUUUGAUACGCUGCUUUUCGGUCCGGUGAUGUACUGUCGAAGAUGACGCCAAUUCAUCGUGUAGGUGUAGAGUGCGAACUAACGUGUGAAUAGCGAGAGGUGUGAGCAGUUUUUCCAUUCUGGAUGGUCAUAUUCUUCUAUGUGUUAGGUCUUUCGUGUGGGUUUGACCACUCUAAAGAGACGGCUGGAGUUUUCAUGGAUAUUAUUGCGGGCUAUUUUUCUGCAAAUCUUUUUGUUAUCUGUCGGGGUCGAUUGGGCUCUAGUCUUCAGGUUGGCAGAGGUUUUACUUCCCAGGUGGCUGACUUUACAUGAGAAGAGGCUGGCAGAGUUGAUGAAUGUAAUUGUUUGUGCGAGAUCAAUAUUAUUGUGAUAAUGAAUUGUUCUGAGACUCA